AUGGGUAACUUCGCCGAGGCCAAAUUUGCCGGACAGAUUAAUUUGGUGAUCUGGCACAUCAGGUUUGGGCAAUUUAACGCUCGAGACGUAAAUACAGUGCUAAAGCUCGGUGGAGUGACGACGCGCAGUUUACAUUUGAAUCCCAAUGGAGCUUGUGCGGCUGCAAAACGGGCUGUGGCAUUCCCCGUCAAGGGCAUGAGCUCCGCAAUGUCGUACUGUGCUCUACAAGAAUGCAUCGCAGAUUUUAAUGUAGUUGCCCUCGAGGCAACGGUGGCUGAAUCUAAUAACUCCUUGUCGCUUCAGCAAAAUGGCAAGGAUGAACAAAGCAACCGCGUUGUUGUCAAAAUGGCGCGCGAGCAGCUAGCAUGGAAAAAUGCUUCUGGAGUGAUGCGGUUCUAA